CCGGGCAGAGCUGCGGGCGGCCUGGCUGGGCAGCAGGAGGCCAGCAGCCCCCUAUGGACGGCCAUGAGGGUGGAGCCUGAGGAGGCACCCGGGGGCCAGGAAGACUCCCACGCAGCAGAGCCCCCAGAAUGGCCAGCCCAGGAGGCCCCCGUGUGGCAGGAGGACAGGGAGGGGGACAGCGCGUCCUGGAAGAAGCAGACAGCCAACAUCCGCAAGACCUUCACCUUCAUGGAGGUGCUGGGCUCAGGGGCCUUCUCGGAGGUCUUCCUGGUGAGGCAGCGGGUGACUGGGAAGCUCUUCGCCCUGAAAUGCAUCAAGAAGUCCCCGGCCUUCCGUGACAGCAACCUGGAGAAUGAGAUCGCGGUGCUGAGGAGGAUCAAGCACGAGAACAUCGUGACGCUGGAGGACAUCUACGAGAGCUCCACACACUACUACCUGGUCAUGCAGCUGGUCUCGGGCGGGGAGCUCUUCGACCGCAUCCUGGAGCGCGGCGUGUACACGGAGCACGAUGCCAGCCUGGUGAUCCGCCAGGUGCUGUCUGCCGUCCAGUACCUGCACGAGAAUGGCAUCGUCCACCGGGACCUGAAGCCCGAGAACCUGCUGUACCUCACCCCCGAGGAGAACUCCAGGAUCAUGAUCACGGACUUCGGCCUGUCCAAGAUGGAGCAGAGCGGGGUCAUGUCCACCGCAUGUGGCACCCCCGGCUACGUGGCCCCGGAAGUGCUGGCCCAGAAGCCCUACAGCAAAGCAGUGGACUGCUGGUCCAUCGGAGUCAUCACCUACAUCCUGCUGUGUGGGUACCCCCCUUUCUACGAGGAAACGGAAUCCAAGCUCUUUGAGAAGAUCAAGGAGGGGUACUACGAGUUCGAGUCGCCUUUCUGGGAUGAUAUUUCUGAGUCAGCUAAGGACUUCAUCUGCCACCUUCUGGAGAAGGACCCGGAGGAGCGGUACACGUGUGACAAGGCCCUGCGGCACCCCUGGAUUGACGGAAACACAGCCCUGCUCAGGGACAUCUACCCCUCCGUCAGCCUCCAGAUCCAGAAGAACUUUGCCAAGAGCAAGUGGAGGCAAGCCUUCAACGCGGCGGCCGUGGUGCACCACAUGCGGAAGCUGCAGCGGACCCUGCACAGCCCGGGGCUCCCCGCGCCGGACGCGCGGCCCCCCGCCCUCCCCGCGCCGGACGCGCGACCCCCCGCCCUCCCCGCGCCGGGCCGCGGCUCCCCCGAGAUCUCCGUCACGCGGGCGCCGUCCCCGGCCCGCGGCAGCGCCGCCCGCCCCGGCCCGGCCCCGGCCCCGGCCCCGGCCUCGGCCCCGGCCCGGACGCGCUGCCCGCGCCGGGGCCGCCCGCGCGGCCGCUCGCUGGGCCGCCUGGUCAGCGGCGCGCUCCGCGUGGGCAGCAGCCUGGUGCCCGCGCGGCAGGCGCCCCCCGGCGCGGCGCCCCCCGGCUGCUGCGCCAGCUGCCUGGGCCUGGGCGGCAAAGGCCCCUCGGCCGGCUCGGAGCCCGCGCUCCUGCGGGGGACCAAGAGACAGAACUUCAAGCCUGAGGUCACCGCGCCUGUGAAGACCGGUGCCCACUACAGGGUGGGACCUGCGGGGGUAUGUGUGGUCAUGUGACGCAGUGACUCUCA